ACGCUAGCAGCAGCUAGCUUGGCGCUGGCGGACGUCCGCCUGCCUCCUCCCGACAAAAUUCGGCUCUUCUCGUCGCGAGACGACCGAGUGGCGGAGGAAAAGGAAGGGGAGAGAGGGGAGACUGGUCGUACUGGGAAGAGAGAGAGAGAGAGAGAAAAGUAGACGACAGUUGAAUAUUAACACCGACCGUCAGCGGAAAGUGAAAGCGGGACGACUCGGCAGCUCUGAAGUCUCCUGUGAGGUCCACGUAGAGCUGCUUUUCCUUCAGUCCAUGGUGUAAACACGCUAGUGUAGUUGUGACAUUGCGCCGUGAGCGACAGAGCAGAGGGAAAGGUCUCCUCCCAGUCUGUUGACGGAUACAGUUUGGCUUCAGUGAAAGGAGGCACAGCUAGACCUGACUGUACGUUACCCCGGCCAGAAAAAAUAAAUACUUGGCAGGUGAUUGGAUGAUGGAUCUAUCAACCUGCAGCACGGGCUAACUUUAGCAGUCAGGUUGUCAAUAGAAGAGUGGAGAGCGAAAACAUUUUUUUUUUUGACGAGGAAAGCCUUCAGUGACAUUCUUUGCUUUUCUUUCAAUGAAAUAUCCACAAGUUUCCUGGAAAGCUCACCGGGGAAAUGAUUCUUGGUGAUAUUUACAGUGCCAGAACCAACUUAAGGAAGUUCAGGAUGUGAAAUGUUUUCGUCGAAAAAGGGCAUACCUUGAAGCCAAGCAACAAAGAUUUUCAAGAUCAUAUGACAACGCAACAAAGUGUUGAUUUGCGCAGGAUGUCUUCGAAGGCUCACAGUUCCAAUAACAUCGCCCACGCCCGACGAACGGUGCAGCAGCUGAAAAUAGAGGCCAGCAUUGAGAGGAUAAGGGUAUCCAAAGCCUGUGCGGACCUCAUGACCUACUGCAGUGAACAUGCAAAGAACGACCCUCUCCUUAUGGGCAUCCCUGCUUCAGACAAUCCCUUCAAGGACAAAAAACCAUGCACUAUAUUGUAGUGGAUGCCACUUAGCCUUUAUGUGUUUUUUUCCUUUUGCUUAUUAAUGUUGCUGUAUUCUUCUUGUUGGGAGGAAUGAGGGGUGGACUGUGAUCGUAUCAUUACCAUGUCUUCACCUGUUCUGUUAUCAAGUAAGAAAUUGGACCGCUGUUUUCUCAAAAUUACCAGUUCUUAUUAAGCAAAGGAAGCCCCACUAGCCUGUACGAUUCUCUGCUCAGUACGAGCUCUGACCACUAAUAAAACUUUGGCUGCAUGAGUUG